UUUACGCGCGCUCGUCUCUCAAAAUUUGUGUCUCCUUGCUCAAAAGUAAGUUUUGAAGACAAGAGAAAAGGAAAGGAAAGAUAAUAUUGAAAAGAGGCGAAUCCCAUUCCCAUCCCCCACCCAUCUCUCUCCCCUCGCCGCCCCCGCGAUUCCGGCGAGUUUCGGCGGCACGCAGCACACCGCCGACACCCCCUCACUCCGGUCCUUCCUCCUCUCCGGCCAGAUUCGCGGCUACCGCGCGCAACCCCUCCCAAUCCCCGUGGAUAGGGUCGUGGGCAUGUCCCCGGCUCGAGCUGCGUGCCAAGAUCCACGGCACCAUCCUCCUCCAAGAUCCAGGAGAGGCGGCGGCGGCGGAGGAGCCAAGCCAUGGACCCUAGCCCGCGGCCAUCAGGAUCCGCAGGCAGGAGGCGCAGCCAUGGGAGGAGCAGGACGACGCCAUGGAAGGCUCACCAACAACUCCGGUCUUCUCCAAGGACAUGGAGGUCCUCCGCUGCACUCCCUGAUGCAUCAAGCGCGCAGGCAUACAAGGAGGCUCUGCUUCUUCCCAGGUCGCCAUGGAAGAUUAUUCUUCAGGUUGAUACUAACUUGGUAAUGUUGCUGUUCCGAGACCCCGCUGCCGCUGCGGACGCCAUGGAGACCGUCAAGGCGCAGACUGUUGUGUGCCGCCUCUUCCAUGGGCGUCCACGCCAUGGAGCUCCUUAAGAGACCCUCAAUGAUGACCAAGGUGGAGUGCAGGACAUUGAGGACAUGAUAUGAACCGCCGUUCCAGACGCCCGC